AUAAGUUCAAAAGAUAAACUCUAAUGGCUAAUAGAAGUAAGAUUAGUGAGUUGCAGCAUUCAACGGUCGUUAAUAAUUCAAACGUUAGUAUAAAUGUUUUGAUUAAGAAAAGUUGGAUUUUUUUUUACGAUAAAUAGAAAAACUUAAUUUUACUGGAAUUAAUCGUGUGUGGAAGUGAUAAAAUAGUAAAACAUCAAUGCUAAGAGAAUUGUUCAUUCCAUAAUGCCAUUUAAUGCUGUCUAUUUUGUGUAAUAUUUGUGAAAAUUGUUAUUUGUUAAAAUUUUAUCAAAAUGAGUUUAUUUAUGAGAAGAAGUGUAUCCGAAAGUAGUGAAAAUAUUACAAGAUCACCGUCAUUAACAUCAAUUAGAGAAAAUACAGAUUCUUGGUCUACACACGAGAAUGACGACGAAAGAAACGAUAGAAUUCACAGUAGAGUUGGUGAGUGAGCAAAUUAAUAUAAUAAUGAAAAGAUCCCAUAACUUGUUUAGCUGCAUAUUUAACAAUAAUAAUAACAUGAUUAUGUUGAUUGUGUUCAUUAUAUAAUAAAUUCAAUUAUUAAUCAUCGUUAGAGAUGAAUCAUUGCCAUUAUUUCGGAGAAAUUUAAAGCCAAUUCAAAUUUGUUUUGAAAACAAAAAUCAUCUGUGCUGCAAAUACAUUGCAUUAAAUGUAUUUUUGAAGCAUGCGCAUAAAUGUAAUAAGAAGAGCAUAGUGAAAGUUUAUCGUACCGUGUGUUGAAAAGCAAAAAAAUUAAUUUUACUGGAUUUUCAGUCUUUUUUUGGUCAAAAUGUAUUAAAAAUGAGUUAUAAAUUACAUCCAAUGGAGAAGUUGUUGAAUUACAUACUGAAAAUUAUCAAUUAAGCACAUUUAAACCAUAAAAGGAUUCCAAACAAAAACGCAAUUAGGAAAGAAAAAUCGAUAAUUUGCAAAUAAUGAAUCACAACGUAAGGACUUAAAUAUUUUCAUCGUUUGCCGCACGAAUCCAACAGAACUAAAGCAAAUAACAUUCUCACAUUUCAGUAAAUGUUGAGACGAAAUAUGCGAGGACAUAAUAAUAAUAAUAAGCAUCCAUCAAGCACUUCAAAAGUGGCACAGCUAAAGAAUGGAGGAAACAACAAUAAUAAUAAUAACGAAGGCACCAUAACAUUACCCAGAAAUAAGGAUGUGACAGGCGUUCAGGACACUAUUUAUCUAUGUAAUUUUCGAGUUUCUGUUGAUGGCGAAUGGCUUUGUUUGAAGGAAUUGCAAGACGGUGUCCAAAAUCAAAAUGAAGGUGCAGCAAUUGAUGAUAAAAGUAUUGUUGCAAGCACUGAUAAGUGUAAUGAGAAGAUUGUCGAACGAGAUUGGGUUAAUUAUUAUUCUCGCGAUCCAGCAUCAAUUGAGAGAUCAAAUUUAGUGAAUAUUUGCAAGCUUGUCGUUAAGGAACUUCUUGAACAAUCACUGCGCUAUGGACGUCAAUUAGAUUCUGAUCAUCUUCCACUACAACAUUUCUUUAUAAUUUUGGAACAUAUUCUAAGACAUGGCUUAAAACCGAAGAAGGGAUUACUGGGUCCGAAAAAAGAAUUAUGGGAUUUAUUGCAAAGUGCUGAAAAGUAUUGUCUUGAGGCACAAGAUGUGACAAUGAGUAUUCGUGAUUUACCAACAGUUCGUACGCAUACUGGACGAUCGAGAGCAUGGCUACGAUUGGCAUUAAUGCAAAAGAAGCUUGCUGAUUACUUGCAAGCCUUAAUCGAGCACAAAAAUGAAAUUCUUGUUGAAUAUUAUGAACCCCAUGCUUUAAUGUUGAGCGAUGAGAUCGUUGUUAUUAUGGGGAUAUUAGUCGGACUGAAUGUAAUUGACUGCAAUUUGUGUGUUAAAGGAGAGGAUUUAGAUUCACAGCAAGGCGUUAUUGACUUUUCAUUAUAUUUGAGAUCAAGCUCACGAUCUAGUCCUGAAGAUGAUCAGCCAGCUAUUGAAGGUGGUGGCAAUAUGACAGCUGUUUUAGAUCAGAAAAAUUACAUUGAAGAACUAAAUCGUCAUUUAAAUGCGACUGUCGCAAAUCUUCAACAAAAAGCAGAGCAGCUAACAACAACAAAUGCACUUAUGAAAGAAGACUUAGCAAUCGCUCGUAAUAGCUUAUUGACACUACAAGCUGAAAAUGCAGCACUAAGACAAAAUCAAAAUGCAAAUCAGCAAAUUGUCGAUAGAGCAAAUGUUUUGGAUCGAAUUGAUCCUGAAAUGGCUGAAGCAUUAGCUGAUGAGAAGAAGAAGCGACAAGAAGUAGAGAGGGAAUUGGAGUUGCAAGUUUGCCUGAAAGCAGAGACUGAGAUGGCUAUGAAAUUGUUGGAAAAGGACAUCCAUGAAAAACAAGAUACAAUAAUAUCGUUAAGACGUCAGCUUGAGGAUAUAAAACAGAUUAAUUUGGAAAUGUAUAGGAAGUUACAGGAAUGUGAAGAUGAAUUGAAUCAAAAAGGAGAGAUGGUAGAACGUUUACAGGCAAAAGCAUCAAGUAUUGGGAGAAUAUUAACAAGUUUAGAGAAGAAGUACACCAGCACACAUGGCGACGAAUCAGACAUUAAGAAAUCCCCAUCAAAUCAGCUAUUUAGCUAUCAUCAACCUCCAAAACGCGCUCACGUGAGAAUUCAACAAAUUCCACCAUUUAAUGCUAAUAAAAUUAGAAAAUCACCGUCAAGUGAAUCUGCUGAUUUGCAGCAAGAACAACAAGAACCAUCAACUCCCGUGACGUUUGAAGUUUUAACAGAAGAGUCUGUUAAGAAUGAAGAAUAAAAAUUAUUGCUUAUUGUCUUCUAUUUACUCAUCAUUAAAGUCUAAAGUUUAUGUUUUCGCUUGAUUAACUGAUGUAUGCAUAAGUGUUUAUGUGAAUGAAAAUUGGGACUGAGAAAAUGCUUAAAUGUUAAAAACCAAGCGUGUAACGAGAAUUAAUAAUAAUGCAAAGAAACUGCUUGAAAUUAAAAAAUUUAUAUUUGACUAUCCAAAGAUCUAGUAAGGCAAUAAAAGUUCUGCUUAAAAAUAGUGUAGAAGCUUGCAAUCAUUUAAUUGAUGAAUUUAAGCUAAAAUUAAUAAAACGAUUUUUGGAUAGGAUUCAGCUCCAAAAAUUUUUCAUUCAUUUGAACAGCUAUGGAUAGCUCGAUUUACAUAAUCUAUCGCAUAUUAUUAAUACUAUCAACCUACUAAUUAUUAUAAUAUAAAAAUGCCUAUAUCAAGAAAGUUAAAGAACAUAAUGUAAUAACCAUUAUACACUGUAUGUAUCAAAUAAACUUUUAGGAGUGUGAAUCAUCACUGAAACACAAAACAGAUCUGCUCACAAAGCUCGAAAGUCAGCGUGAAUCUAUGUCGAGUGCAAUAUUGCAAUUAGAAAAAAAGUAAGAAAAAGAACAAGAAUUAAUUUUUAUAGCUACGCCAAAAAUAAGACAUUAAUGAAAUCCCAAUUCACUCGCCUCUUUUCCAUAAUCCCAAGCAUUAAUUGGCAGAUUUUCUAUGCUUAUGAGAGUCUAGAAUGAAAAUAAAAUUAAGAAGAAAAACAAGUUUGAAUAGAAAAAUCUUUUAAUCAACUUCAAAUUUUCAGGCAUUCAUCAGAUUUAUCAUCAUUUAAGUCAUUGGAAGAUACUACCAAGACAUUGACGUCUCAAAUUGUUUCAAGUGAAGAAGCUCGUUCACGUUGUGAGGCAGAUUUGAGAAUAGAACGUGAAUGGCGAAGUGCAUUGCAAUCAAAGGAAGUCGAAUAUAAAGAAGCAAUAGCAAAGUUACAGUCGAAAAUUAACGAACAUGCUGAAGAAGCAAGAAAGUAUGAUAAAACCAAAGGAGAACUGGAUAGAUUGCGUAGAAAGUAUAACGAAGACCAACAAACGUUGGAGGAACUAGGUGUACAAUUGAGCAUGACAAAAUUGCAAGUUUCUGAGCUUAAAGAACGUUCGAAAAUAGCUGAGGAAUUAGGAAAUGGUAGAGUCAUGGCAACGGAUUGGACACCUGACCAAGAAGUCUCAAACUGUAAUUGCUGUAAAACUGCCUUUUCAAUCACUAAGAGAAAACAUCAUUGCAGGAGCUGCGGAGAAGUUGUCUGCAAGAAUUGUUCUGAUCAUUUGUUGCCUUUAGAGGAUGCAUGCGGUGCUCUUGGAAAACCAGUCCGUGUGUGUGAUAUAUGUUGGCAAAAUCGUGUUAAUUAAAUUAGAUAACGUAUUUAUCAGUGCUUAUUUUCUUAACGGAUAGUAAUUUGAAGCACUCAGUUCCACUGAAAAAUCAAAGUAAUCAAUUUUUGUGAAUUUAAUUAUAUUUUGAAUAAAACGUAUUUUAUCGACAUUAA